CAUUUUGCCCCCACAAUUUUUUUUUUGUUUAUUUUUUGCCCCCAUCGAGUGAAAUUCCUGGAUCCGCCACUGCUCCUCACUCUCUAACACGUGAAGAACUUCAGCCAUAACUGGACUCAAGUAAGAUCAGAAAACUCUCACACUUCUAGGGAAAUUAUUGAAUUGGAGAAAUGACGACGUCUUAUAGGGCAGCUUUGGACGAGGAGUGGGAUAAACUGAAGAAUGUGUACGACGAUGAAGGGGCUUUUGCUUUCACAUUUCCUCAAACAGCCGCCUAUGACACUCCAUUUCACUUGGCAGUGUUCAGCCAAAGUGAAGAACCGCUUCAAAGUUUUCUUGACAAAGCUAAAGCGGAUCCCAUGGCAAAGCCUAAAUAUUUGGCAACAAAUAUCUACGGAAACACGGCUCUUCAUGAGGCUGCCGCCAAUGGUAACAUUGAGGCGGUACGGAUCUUGGUGAAACACGAUAAGGAGAUCCGUGAGGAUAGAAAUAGAGAAGGCGAAACCCAGCCGCUCCUUGAGGUUAUAAAUAACGAAGGCGAAACCCCACUGUUCAAAGCUGCUGCAUAUGGGCAAACAGAGGUGGUCAGUUAUUUAGCUGGAGAAAGUUGUACAAAUGGACAGCUGAAAGACAUUCACCGCAUGAAAAAAAAACCAGAGACCUCCAUUCUGCAUGCUGCCAUCCAAGGAGAGAACUUUGAAACGGCUUUAUUUUUACUGAAGGAAGUGGAUGAGUCGUUAGCAACAGCUGUGGACGGAAAUGGCAUGACCAGUCUUGAACUGCUCGCUACUAUGCCCUCUGCUUUCAGAAGUGGCUACCGAAUGAGCAUAUGGGGAAGUAUCCUCUACCUUUGUCCUCUGAUUGAUGCAAAACGAAGAAUAGGGUUUCCAAUACUGGGAAGAAUUUGAACGAUAAGGAAAAG